CUAAAAUAAUGGCACAGCUUCUCUCAACAGCCGCUGAAAAGCUCUCCCUCGGAGCAGAUGCUGGAAAAGUCGUAUACAUAGACGAAGUGAAGGGAUCUGAUGAAGCCGGUCAAGGUACUCAAGAUGCCCCUUUCAAAACUGCCAUUAAGGCUCUUGAUUUCGCUGGCGAAAGUGCCCAAAUUCAGGUCAAGAAAGACGAAGAGGGAUAUAAGGAAAUCUCAGCCUCUGCCCUUAAGAAGGCUAAGAAGACUUUGGUCGAACAACAACGCAAAGCUAAGAAGCAAGAGGAACAGAAGCUCAAGCAAGAGCAAGAGAAAGAUUCCAGCCUUCCCAAGGCUCAAACCAUCAAAAUCAGAGAUGCUGUUGCUUCUCGUGGAAAGCGCGUAAAGGUUUCUGGCUGGGUCCAUCGCCUUCGUGUUCAGGGCAAGGAUAUGAUGUUCGCUGUCUUGAGAGAUGGUAGCGGUUACAUUCAAUGCGUUCUCACUGGUCAAUUGUGCAAAACAUUCGAUGCCAUCACUUUGACUCUUGAAUCCACCAUCACCGUAUAUGGUGUAAUCAACCAAUUGCCAGAAGGAAAGACAGCUCCUGAUGGUCACGAACUCGUUGUCGACUACUGGACUAUGGUUGGAAAGGCCCCUGGUGGUGAUGAUGCCUUUACCAACAAGAUCUCACAAGAUGCUGACCCAUCCUAUCUUUUGGAUCAACGCCAUCUUGUUCUUCGCGGAGAGACCGCUUCCGCCGUUAUGAAGGCUAGAUCUCAAGUUAUCAAAGCUUUCCGUGCACACUUUGAACAUAAGGGUUACACUGAAGUCACUCCCCCAUGCAUGGUUCAAACUCAAGUUGAAGGUGGUUCUACCUUGUUUGCGUUCGAUUACUAUGGUCAACAGGCAUACUUGACUCAAUCCUCUCAACUUUACCUCGAAACCUGUCUUCCAGCAUUGGGUGAUGUUUUUUGUCUUGCUGAGUCAUAUCGUGCUGAGAAGUCUCACACUCGCAGACAUCUUUCUGAAUACACUCACUUGGAAGCUGAGUUGGCAUUCAUCACUUUCGAUGAUCUCCUUCAAGGUUUGGAAGACUUGAUCUGUGAUACCCUUGACCGCGUACUCGCCGACGAACCCACGAGACAGUUGAUCGAGCAAUUGAACCCUGGUUUCCAAAGACCACAAAGACCUUUCAUGCGCAUGACCUAUGCUGACGCCAUCACAUACCUUAAAGAAAACGAAAUUAAGAAGGAAGAUGGAACUUACUACCAGUUCGGAGAAGAUAUUCCUGAAGCUCCUGAGCGAGUCAUGACCGAUAAGAUUGGCAAGCCCAUUUUCCUUACUCGCUUCCCAGCAGAGAUCAAGGCUUUCUAUAUGCAAAAGUGCUCUGACGACAGACGAGUCACUGAGAGUGUUGAUGUGUUGAUGCCCGGUGUUGGUGAAAUUGUUGGUGGAUCCAUGCGUAUGGACAACAUGGAGGAAUUAAUCGAAGCCUACAAGAACGCAGGUAUCGACUCUGCCCCAUACUACUGGUACACUGAGCAACGCAAGUAUGGUACUACCCCACACGGUGGUUUCGGUCUUGGUGUUGAGCGUUUCCUUGCCUGGUUGUUGAACCGUUACACUGUCCGUGAAUGCAGUCUUUACCCUAGAUUUACUGGUAGAUGCACCCCAUAAAUUUACUACCAUUACACCUAUGAUAUGCUUUCUUUUUUUUUUUUAGCUUCUUUCCAAUAACAAUGUGAAUAAAAAAAACCUUUUGUUAGAUGUUGUCAUUGAG